CAUUUCAUAUGCUGUUGAUGCAAAUGUCACUUUUACAUUUGCGAUAUGUCUAUUUUAAAUAUAAAAAGUCAAAACUUGGCGAAAUUUGGUAAACGAUAUUAUUUUUAAAAAUUACAGUUAAUAAUUAUGAGUUCGGAGAUUUUUAUGUACGAGGCUUUCCGAAGGAACAAUGAAUCGACAUCGAAAAUUACAAAGAAGGGCAGCGUUCAAAGUAGUCGCGUCGUGAGUGGGAAAUUGUCUAUGAUUCAGAACUAUGGAGGUUUGGGAAGCCGCUAUUUUGCCCGUUUGGUAAACGAUUUAGACAAAAUUUUUCAGGUGAAUAAUAUAAUAGUUUUUCUGUAAAGGUAUAUAGGUAUAUGUAAUUCCUAAAUUCCCUAUCAUUGUCGAUGUUUAAUCAUACGAAUAUGCAACCUUUAUUUAUUUAAACAGUUUGUUUAGUUUAUUUUCAGUACGCCAGCUUCAACUCUUCUUCUUUUGGUCGUGGUAACCCUCAAAUGGCACCAGCUGAUUAUGAUGCACUUUCUUUUGGUUUUUCGUUUAUGACCUCGCUUAUACUGUAAACGACAUUUUUUUUUAUAAGGUAUCAACCUUCCCAAGACAUUUGUAGCUUCGGAGAAUAACUCUUCUAUCUUCUUGGGUUAUGAAGCCAGACUUUGUCGCCUACCUCGAACCAUCAUUCUGUGGCUUGAGUAUCGUAAAGUUGAUGAAGAUUUUAAGAUGCAAGCGUAACAGUAUUACAUACUAUUCACCGGCUAAAUCUUCUCCAGGUUGGCAUCCAAACUCGAUAUCUCAUGUACGAACAGAUGUUUGGUUUGUUGAUUCAUUGAUGGCGGAUCUAUAGGCCAUUGUGAAGACCGAAAAAAUACUGAUCCCAAUUUAACAGAUAAUUGGAAAGCAUUUUUGACAUGUAUCUUAUUCAUUCCCUCUACCAUUCCAUCAGUUCCAUCAGACAGUGAGUACAAGGCGUCAGUUCUGGUUUUCUUCACGCAUAGUCUUUAACAGAUUCCUCGGAAAAGCUGACUGUCAAAAUUUCUGCCUUGAUCACUGUGGAUCUCCAAGAGCCCUCCAAAUGAGUGAUAAACACGUCUGUAACAGUUGCGGCCUCUUGAUUUGGAAUGAUGUAGACUCUCAACCACUUCGUGAAGUCAUCCAUAACCAACAUCAUGUAUUUUUACAUUUUCGGUAUUGUUCAUCCAAUAAAACCUUUCACGAACCGUCUGAAGCAGUCUAAAGGGGUUUCUUAGUCUUAGUAUUUAGAAUGACCAACUGUCCUCUAUUUUCAGAAUCAUAAUUUUCGAGAACUCGUUCUAAUAAGUCUUCUUUCAAGAAAAGAUUCCAACUGGGCCAAAUACGACGUAACUACUAGAGAGAAUUUUGAAACUUCUUGCCAAGUAGGCCAACGAUUUUCUUCUUUCCAUUGUGGCUUCAUCUUAAGAGAUCGUCUUCUGGUUCAACUGUAAUUUUGGUAUAGGCCCACACAUCGUUAACUACAGUUUCUUUAUCAAACGUGAUCAACCCCAUUCCAAUCAGGAUUCCUUGACCAACCCAUUCAUCUUGCUUCCAAGGCUUCAUCAUGAUCGGUGUUCCUUCCUCCAUAGUUCCUAGCAGCCAUGUUACUAUAUUGGUUUCACUUCUACAUCUACUGGCACUGUUUGAUGAGUGGUAUAGUUUGAACUGCUUAUAGACAUAGAAAGUUUUCCAGAAAGGACGUCUUGACUAUUUAGUUGGUAGAUAUAAGUCGAUCUCAUACAGAAACAAGAGGGUCUGUUAGAGGAAGAAGCAUUCAGUUGGCUUUAGAAAUGAGUGCUCGAGGUGUGUCACAGCAGGAUAUAAUAGUAAUUUGUAGCAAGAAUAAUGCUGAUCAAGUUAUAGGAGCUAUAUGUGCUCCUUUAGAUCCAGAAUAUACUUACGCAGAAAAGCAGCAUCUCUUAAAGAAAUUAAAACCUAAAAUGUGUUUUGGAGAUAUUAGAACAAGCGCGCAUUUAGAAAGGAUUCUGUAUACUUUAAAUUUAAAUACGGAGGUUUUUAGUUUCACUCAAGAAGGAUUAGAUAAAGAACGUACCAUUGAAUCAAUGGACAAAGGAUAUUUCAAAACAGGCGACAUGGGCAAAUUUGACGAGGACGGUUGGCUCUACGUAUCCGGAAGAAUAGAGGAUUUAAUUCAAUAUGACACUUGGUCCUUGAUACCAACAGACAUAGAAGAUUGUAUUUCCAGUCACGAAAAAGUUAAAGACGCAGUCGUUAUCGGGAAUAAUAAAGACGUGGUAGCGAUGGUUCAAAAGGUACCUGAAAGUCCUCUAACUGCCAAAGAAAUACAAAUUUAUAUUUGUGGUAGGUUACCUGAAAAAUAUUGGCCGACCGAAAUCAUUUUACUGGAACAUUUUCCUAGAACCACCAUAGGCGCAGUUAAAAAAAGCGUGCUCAAAGAAGACUAUUUAUUUCAUAAACUUACUUACAGUAGCAGCUGCAUGAUGGUAAAACAAGAAGAAGAAAAUAAACUAGGGGAUUCUAAAAGUUCCUUUCAUCAUACUCUGCUGCAUAAACCUAAGGAAAAUGAACCAGCAACCGAAACUUCGGAAGAAACUGUUGAAUUAGUUGUUGAAGAAGCAUCUCAGGUAAAUACUUUCUCUUUUGAAGAUAUUGAAGUAUAUGUCAUUCUUUCAACAGCUUUGGUUCAGGUAAUAGAUGAAAAAGAUGAAACUAAUUUAUGUAGGGCUUUAUUAGAUACUGGGGAUUCUAAAAGUUCCUUUCAUCAUACUCUGCUGCAUAAACCUAAGGAAAAUGAACCAGCAACCGAAACUUCGGAAGAAACUGUUGAAUUAGUUGUUGAAGAAGCAUCUCAGGUAAAUACUUUCUCUUUUGAAGAUAUUGAAGUAUAUGUCAUUCUUUCAACAGCUUUGGUUCAGGUAAUAGAUGAAAAAGAUGAAACUAAUUUAUGUAGGGCUUUAUUAGAUACUGGGGAUUCUAAAAGUUCCUUUCAUCAUACUCUGCUGCAUAAACCUAAGGAAAAUGAACCAGCAACCGAAACUUCGGAAGAAACUGUUGAAUUAGUUGUUGAAGAAGCAUCUCAGGUAAAUACUUUCUCUUUUAAAGAUAUUGAAGUAUAUGUCAUUCUUUCAACAGCUUUGGUUCAGGUAAUAGAUGAAAAAGAUGAAACUAAUUUAUGUAGGGCUUUAUUAGAUACUGGGGAUUCUAAAAGUUCCUUUCAUCAUACUCUGCUGCAUAAACCUAAGGAAAAUGAACCAGCAACCGAAACUUCGGAAGAAACUGUUGAAUUAGUUGUUGAAGAAGCAUCUCAGGUAAAUACUUUCUCUUUUGAAGAUAUUGAAGUAUAUGUCAUUCUUUCAACAGCUUUGGUUCAGGUAAUAGAUGAAAAAGAUGAAACUAAUUUAUGUAGGGCUUUAUUAGAUACUGGGGAUUCUAAAAGUUCCUUUCAUCAUACUCUGCUGCAUAAACCUAAGGAAAAUGAACCAGCAGCCGAAACUUCGAAAGAAAUUGCUGAAUUAAUUGUUGAAGAAGCAUCUCAGGUAAAUACUUUCUCUUUUGAAGAUAUUGAAGUAUAUGUCAUUCUUUCAACAGCUUUGGUUCAGGAAAAUGAACCAGCAGCCGAAACUUCGGAAAAAAUUGCUGAAUUAGUUGUUGAAGAAGCAUCUCAGGUAAAUACUUUCUCUUUUGAAGAUAUUGAAGUAUAUGUCAUUCUUUCAAUAGCUUUGAUUCAGGUAAUAGAUGAAAAAGAUGAAACUAAUGUAUGUAGGGCUUUAUUAGAUACCGGUGCACAAUCAAAUUUGAUUGCCAAAGAUUUUUGGGAUUCUAAAAGUUCCUUUCAUCAUACUCUGCUGCAUAAACCUAAGGAAAAUGAACCAGCAGCCGAAACUUCGGAAAAAAUUGCUGAAUUAGUUGUUGAAGAAGCAUCUCAGGUAAAUACUUUCUCUUUUAAAGAUAUUGAAGUAUAUGUCAUUCUUUCAACAGCUUUGAUUCAGGUAAUAGAUGAAAAAGAUGAAACUAAUUAA